UCCUAUAGUUAUGUCCUGUUUAUCAUUCUUAUUCGAACGAAAUUCAGCAAGAGGCGAUCCCGAGCUUGGAGAUGAGCUCCCAGGAGUGCAAAAUGUUACUCUAUACUCAUACAAGGAGCUAGCAAUUGCAACCAAUGAUUAUAGUCCAGAGAAUAAAAUUGGGGAGGGAGGAUUUGGUUCCGUCUAUAAGGGAAAACUUAGGAAUGGGCAGAUGGCUGCAAUUAAGGUUCUCUCUGCUAACUCGAGUCAAGGAGUGAAAGAGUUCUUGACGGAGAUUGAAGUGAUCUCCGACAUAGAGCAUGGGAAUUUAGUGAAGCUUUAUGGUUGCUGUGUCGAACGGAAUCAAAGAAUCCUCGUUUACAACUACCUCGAGAAUAACAGCCUAGCAAAGACACUUCUUGGUGGGGGCCACUGCAGCAUCCAUUUUAGCUGGAAAACGCGGGUCAAGAUCUGCACGGGAGUUGCUAGGGGGCUUGCCUAUCUUCACGAGGAAGUUAGGCCACGUAUCAUCCAUCGUGACAUCAAAGCAAGCAAUAUUCUUCUAGACAAAGACCUGACCCCGAGGAUUUCAGAUUUCGGCCUUGCCAAGCUCAUGCCUCCAAACAUGACUCAUGUUAGUACGCGUGUUGCGGGAACCAUAGGCUAUUUGGCACCAGAAUACGCGAUAAGAGGGCACUUGACACGUCGUGCUGAUAUUUACAGCUUUGGGGUUCUUCUUAUCGAAAUAGUCAGCGGGAGAUGCAAUACAAAUAGCCGAUUACCCAUAGCAGAGCAGUAUAUUCUCGAAAGGACAUGGCAACUUUACGAGAGCAAAGAGCUCGUGUUGCUAGUGGACACAGCGUUGAACGGAGAUUUUGAUGCUGAGCAGGCUUGCAAGUUCUUGAAGAUCGGUCUGCUCUGCACGCAGGACUCUCCUAAGCUUCGGCCCUCAAUGUCGACUGUUGUCCGGAUGCUUACGGGAGAGAAAAUUUUGGAUGAAGAUGCAAUCACGAAGCCGGGGUUGAUCUCUGAUUUCAUGGACUUGAAGAUCAAAACAACCGAUCCCAAGCCAAAGGUUGACAACGCGCACCAGACGUCGUCCAAUUUCAACUCCUCGGGCUCCGAUAGCGUGGAGAAAUCGACAUGGACUUCUGCACCUUCUUCUCAUGCUACCUUCUCUUAUCAUUUGAGGGAUUGAUUUUUUAUUUGUAAGAGAAAUUUUCUUAGUUUUUUUGUACAAUUUUGUGCCUGGCUUGCUUUAGAUUGUGUUGUUCACUUUGUUCUUCUUUUUUAUUUUCCUUGUUUUGUUCAUAGGUUGUGAUUCUCAUGAAAUGAGAUAUCUGUGUAAAUAAAGUUGUCUAUGUAAAAUUAAUUGCUUCUAUAAAUUUGGAACCUCUGCAUGUGAAAUUAUGUAAAUUAGUAGUACCUUUUAUUGCAAAAUUGAUUAUUGGUGA